GUGGUGGAAGGGCAUCAAAGAGCGCGAGGCGCAGGGGAUCGCAGUGCACGGGCGCGCCCCCGCGGCCCCCAGACCCGAGCCGAGGGGGCCCAAGACUGGCCCGAUGCGAACUCCCAUCGCGCACUCCAACGUCGAGUCGAUAUCGACCGACGACCCUGCGCCCCCGAGUUCCCCGAAGCCAGCGCAGAAGAGCGCGCCGGUCGCGCACAGGCUGCAGGGCUCGGGGGCGAUCAAUCAACAGGUGCAGCCGCCAGAGGUCGCGAUGCCGCAGAUGCCGCAGUUGCCUUCGUUUCAGUCGUGGCCCCAGAUGCCCGCGGCAUACUUGCAGCUGCUGCCGUUCCCCAAUCUGCUGCAGCCGCCGCCUCCGCCGCUGAACGCGCCAACUCUGGCGGGGCCCCGGCUGGCCACUGCAGCGAAGACGCAGCGCUCCCCCUUCCCUCCACAGCCGCCUGUCGUUGCAGAGGCAGCCGCAGCGCCAGCCGCGGCGCCGGCCGCGGCGCCGGCAGGAGACGAAGCCACAGCAGCACAGUUUCCCAGCAGCCCAACCCACAUGUCCAUGGGCAGCCCCGUGCAGGAAGAGGUGGAAGAGGACGAGCCUGGCUCGCCGCUGACGCCAGCCGGCGCUGCAGCGCAGCCCCUUAGCCUGCAGCCAGCGAAGCGCGAGGAAAUGACUGGAGACGGCGAUUCAGAUUCCAGGUGCGAGAUCCUCUCCAUGCAGUUACCAAAUGCCUUGGCGCACAAG